AUGUCAUUGAACUCCUUGUAUCACAAUCAAGACAUUGACGCCUUUGCUUUAUAUUCGAUGAAUCUCAGGAAACAAUGCGACGGCUGCGCUGUAUCACCUGGUGAUGAUGAGGCAGAGAAGAUUAGACCAACCGAGACCCCGCACUUAGUCAGUGCGCUGGAAGCCUUACCAACGGAGAUCUUGAAUCGGAUAUGUGAAUGCCUCUACGACAAUGACUACGUCGCUAGUUUGGCCGCAUUCGCUUUGGCAAGCAAGACGUGUCAAAAUGUGUCCAGAGGCAUAUUAGUCCGCACCAUCAAGUUUACACUUUCUCAUGCUCAAGACAUAGCCCAUGUACGAUAUCAACUGCACGCCGACAUCGAGCUAUGCGCCAAGACACUUCGCCGCGAUGAUACCUUCGCUUCAGUGCGUCGCCUAGUUGUAGACGGUGAUUUGCCGACAGAGUCAGAGGAAAUCCGGAAGCCCGUGUUUCGGCGACCAGCUCAGCGUCGUCAGUUUUGGCGGCAACCGCAAAUCGCUUUCUCUGAGAUGCACGAUGACGACACGCGGCUAAAAAGCUAUUUAACAGCUGAAAUCGAUAACGACGACUUUGAAUUUGGCGACGAACCACAUCGAAAUAGAGGUAUUGACGACGGCCCGGUAUGGGCCCCGCUGGCCGACCUUGUUGUGCAACUACCGGGUCUAACCGAUUUCCUCUUUGCCUGCUGUAGCCAGUUUCCCCCUUGCCUACUCAAAGCGCUACAUACGAGGCUCCCCAACUGCAGGCUACAGCUUCGUAGAUUCUAUUUGCAUAGCAUGUUUGAAACAAGGCUAGACUCUUACGAGGUAGAACUUUUGAGCUCUCGAUGCUUGCAUAGCGUUCAAUGCUGGUGUCCGGGCGACCCGGAAGAAUGGGAAGAGGACCAUGAUGAUACAAUUAUCCAUGAUCUCCAGCCAGGGAACAAUCACCGAAAUGCGAUAAACAUGGAUUUAUUAACACAGUUUGCACCUGCUCUGAAAAAUGUGAGCCUGCGCCUCCCAACGACACGCUCUUCGGAAUCAAUGUCUUUAGAGUCCGUCAGACACCUUCACAGCACGGCUCCACACUCUCUGGGCUCUCUAACUUCUCUUUAUCUAACUUGUGCCGGAGUUGUGAAAGCUUGGCAAUUGCAGGAGUGGAGCAAGAACACAGAUUUUACUGUUAUACGGAACCUUCAAAUACGCAAUGAUCUGGGGCUGGGUGCAGUUCAGUUCCUUGCUAGCUGCAGGUUUCAGUCCCUGAGAGUUCUUGCAAUCAAAUUUGAGACCAUGCCGAACGAGAAUUACUGCGCCACUGCGGUGCUGUUCCUCGAGAGCAUCUCGCCGCAGUUGGUAACUUUGAAAGUGUCGGAGUGGCUUCCUUCUAUGGGCAUAUCAUCGGUUUUGGGGGCAAACUUACGAAGCCUUCAUCUUAAAACGGCAGAAACGGCAGAAUCCCACGUUGUCGAUGUAGACAGUGUUGAGCGAAUCGCCACGGAGAGCCCGCUGAUCGAUGAAUUAUCCCUCACAAUCCUGCGGUCUAAAGGAAACACUCAAGAAGUUUUGGUUUAUAAAGCACUGGGAAAAUUACCUCGGCUGCGCAAACUGUCCUUGAGUCUACAAGUGCGCCCGCCAACAGACCCUCAUCAGCCUCAAACUGGAUGGGGUCGUAGUGCCUCUCAUGACUCCAUAAAUGAAGACCAGAGACCUAUAGGAAGCAGCGAAAGCAGAACGACAGAGUCAUCUGAGGAAGAUCCGGAUUUCAAGCCAUACAAAAAGUACCACAUCAAGGACCUUCUCGUCAAUGUUGCUGUCGACGAGACUCUAGCAAGGGCUAUAUUCAACGUCAUCGCUACGUCCAGAGGGCCUGGCCAAAUACCCUCUUUGGACACGCUAGAACUAUACGUCAAAGGUUGGUAUAAUUUCAGACUCCUUAAUUCGGCACCCCGCAUUCUUCGUGCGUAUUGUAGCACCCUAGGCCGCCCCUGGGUAGUCAAACGGGAUCCCCGCUACGAACACCGUUCUGAGGUAGCCGUCAAGCCGACCAAGGAUGCAUACAAUCGCACAAGAGCCACAGCCACUAUGGCAGUGGUCGAAGUUGGACCUGUGUACUCGGCCUUUCGAGAACUGUGGCCGAAGAAGGAAGACAGGCCCGAAAGAAGAGGCUCGUGGUAUUUGGACUGGAAAAGCUUUCCUUUAGCACGCGAUUAG